ACUGGGAGACAAGAUUAAAGAAAUAAAGAGCAUGGACAAACUAGGACGAGACUUAAAAAUCCAAAGUGCGAAGAAACCUGUCCCAGCCAGUUCGGGAAACUGGAGCGGCCCGUCAGCAAUUCGAAGACCGACCACCUUGACGGGCCAGAGAUUCAAAUUUCAGAAGUCGGCAAUAGCCCAGAGGAUACCAUCGAGACAGUCCAACCAGAGCAAAACGAGCCAGAUCCAGAAUCAGGCUUAUCGUCGUCGGCACUCGUACAACAGCAGCAGCACCAGCAGCAGAUCGAGGACUCAUUGAGUGACCAGCAAAUACAGCGGCACGGCACAUCCACUGAACAAAAACCUUACCCUGGUGGCCGCGAAAUUAUCCGGCAGGCGCUGUUAAAUAAGAACACAUCGGAGGAAUCCGCUGAAAUCAUGAUCGCGUCAGUGGAAAACUCAACUCUCAAGCAAUAUGAAUCUUCGUAUAAACUUUGGUGGGAAUUUAAUCAAGAGACCCAGUCUGACCCUUUCAGCAUCACAGCCAAAAAAGUGCUAUCUUUCUUGACGAAAAGAUUCCAAGAUGGUGCCAGCUACGGAACCAUCAACUCUGGAAAAGCGGCGCUAGCACUGAUAGCGAGAGAGGAAAUCUCUAACUCCGAUCUCAUCAACAGGUUUAUGCGAGGCGUAUACAAGAAGAGACCUGGCCGACCUAGGUACGACACAAUCUGGGAUGUAGACCCAGUGCUGGAUAAACUUGCGGAGUGGUAUCCCCUCGAACCUCUCAAACUAAAAAAGGUCACCAAAAAACUAGUACUACUCUUAGCACUAGGAACAGCACAUCGUAUUCAGACGCUAGCCGCUAUAAAAAUAAGUAACAUAAUAGAGACUCAAAAAGGUCUGGAAAUAAAGAUUCCGGAACACAUAAAAACAUCCAGGGCAGGAGCCGUUCAGCCCCUGCUAAAACUACCGUUCUUCGAACACAAACCUGGACUAUGCAUCGCAAGAACUUUGCUACAUUACUUAACAAUAACUAAAGACUUAAGAGGAAAAGAAGACUACUUGCUGAUAUCUUUCCAAAAACCACAUGCAAAAGUCUCAAGAGACACCAUUGGGCGAUGGAUAAAAAGUACGCUUAAAGAACUCGGAGUAGACGAGCGAUAUACUGCCCACAGUACACGACAUGCUGCGACGUCGAAGGCGGCCGAGAAAGGUGUCAACAUAGACGAAAUAAAAAGAAUCGCGGGAUGGUCCCAGAAAUCGAAGGUCUUCGCGGAUUUCUACAACCUCCCGAUCAAGAUCCAAGACGACGACUUCGCGAAGAGGGUCAUGUUGACAUAAAAACAAAAAAUUUUUAAUAGACUCUAAAAGUCCACAUUGUAAUCUCAAAGGGCGAGACAUGAAGUAUAAUUGAACCAUCAAGCGAGGCCGCCGAAGGCGGCCGAAGCUCGAUGAUAAUUAUACGAAUGUCUCGCCCGAGAGAUUACCCACCCAAUAAAGGUUGUGAACCAUUUGAGGUCA